AUGGUGUCUCUGCUUGUGGACUGCAUUAUGGCAUCCAUGUGGACAUGGACAUGGGCAUCUGUGGGAUAUGUGUCAUGGGCAACCAUGCAAUGUUUUAGCAUAGGCAUCCAUGGAGAGAGUACCACAGGCAUCCGUGUGAUGAAUCACAUACAUCCAUGGGAUUGUCAUCAUCUGCUUCAUGUGCCAGAAAAACAGAGACAGAAAAUUGAGAAUGAUAGUUUAUGGUCCACUAAUGCUGCCUUGGAAGCUUUGAAUGCUGAGGAUGGGUGUAGAGUCAAGCCUUCUCUGGCCAAAUGGCCAAUCGUCUAG